AUGGCUGGUCCCCGCAUCAUCACACACUCUGUCCGCGUCUUGGGCGCCAACCCCGAGAACGUCAUGCGCUGGGCUGGUUCCCUUACCCUCUUCGGUGUUGCCGCCGGCUCCGGUGUCCUCUUCAUUGCCGAGUGCCUCCCCCCAGCUAAGCGCGAUCUCUUCUGCAAGCUCCCCGCUAUCGGCAACUACUGGAAGGCUUACGAGGCCAAGGACGAGGAAUAA